AUGACCCCUAUGAGAGAAUUUAGUUCAUCAAGAACAUCAGGCCCACGAACAACUUCAACUGAAGGAGAAACAACAGGAAAACUAUCUGAAACUAUUACAGAAUGUGGUGCCAACAAAACAUGUGAAACAUUUUUUGAAGGUGACUUUGGAGAAUCAAAAGAAAUGAGAUUAUCAAUCGAAGAUGAAGGAUUAAGAACGACAGCAGUACAAACAGAGUUAGGUGGAAGACCGAGAAGACAUGCAGCAGCAGAAGUGGUAUCAUCCAAUUUUGGAUCGUCGGAAUACAAUGCAUAA